UUAAAACUAAAGUGAUCUUUAGAAAACUGUCGAGUUAUCGGUUGUCGUUCAAAUCGAAUAGAUGUCGAAUUGAAGGGGUUCAAUAAUAAUUCUUAAAUCUAUCUAUAAUUCUAAAUCUACUUUACAAUAUACUUGUGAUGUUGUGUUUUUAAUUAAAAAAAAAAUUAAAUGAUCAUUUGGAGGAUAUUUUUAAUAAAUUAAAGUGAAGUGUUUUGAGAAAACAAGUGCAAAUUAAACAAACAAAAAAAAAAAAAGGAUACACGUGUAACCCCACGAAGAGGAUUUUAAUAAAAUUUAAAAAAAAUAUAAAUCGAAAAUUAAUCCAAGGGAUUAAAAUUAAAAAAAAAAAAUUAAAUAGAAUUUUCCUUGCUGAGUAAAAAUUUAGCGAGGAUAAAUUUAAAAAAAUUAGUAUCAACGCGGUUGUGUUAAUUUUGAAAUAUUUUAUUUACUUUUGAUUUUUCAAAAAUAAAUUAAAAAAACAAAGAUGAGUCCUGAAACUGAAACAAUUCUUGUUCACCGAAAGAGGGAGAGAGAAAAUGAAGAAAUUAUAGAAAAGAAAUCCACCUCUACGUCAUCAAUGUAUACCAAAGAAGAAAAUAAAACACAUUGUGAAAAUUUAGCAAAUGGAAAUGUCUUAGAUGACAGUUCAACACGUCAACAACAAAAUAAACCCGCCCCCACCGUAACAGAAAAUAAAUUUAUUGAUCAAAUUAAUAUUAAAGAAGAGGCAAUGCAUGAUAAUGCCCAUCAAGAUAUCGGAACUGAUAUGAAUUUUAAAAGAGACAUUGUUUGGGGCAAUGCAAUUGGUUUCUUAGUAUUACAUAUAUUGGGAUUUAUUGGAUUAGCUAUGAUGGGAUUUGGUUAUGCUAAAUUUGCAACAAUGGUUUAUUUUGUAAUAUUCAGUUUCUUCAGUGGAAUGGGUAUUACAAUGGGUGCUCACAGAUUAUUCUCUCAUCGUGCUUAUAAAGCGAAAACAUGGUUAAGGGUUACCCUAUUACUCAUGCACACAAUGGCUGGUCAGAAUUGUUUGUAUGUUUGGGUGAGAGAUCACAGACAACAUCACAAGUAUUCAGACACCGAUGCUGAUCCACAUAAUGCUACUAGAGGUUUCUUCUUUUCUCAUGUUGGAUGGCUUAUGUCUAAGAAACAUCCAAAGGUUAAGGAAUAUGGCAAAAAGAUUGAUAUGUCCGACUUGGAAGCCGAUCCAUGGAUCAUGUUCCAAAAGAGACACUACAAGAUCCUUUACACAAUCUUCACAUUAGUAUUGCCAACUGCUAUUCCCUGCUUACUUUGGAACGAAACCGUUUUGGUGUCACUCUUCGCUACUUACUUUGCUCGUUACGUAAUUCAGCUAAAUACAACAUGGUCGGUUAACAGUCUCGCUCACAUGUUCGGAAACAAACCCUAUGACAAAAACAUUCUUUCUGUUGAGACUGUUUUCGUAUCUAUCAUUGCUGGUGGUGAAGGAUGGCACAACUAUCAUCACACCUUCCCAUGGGACUAUCGUACCGCUGAAUUGGGUAUGCCCUUCAACGUUACCACCAAAGUUAUCGACUUCUUUGCCAGCAAGGGUGCCGUUUACGAUCGCAAGACCGUUAGUGACAAAAUUUUACGCAGUCGUGUCCAACGUACAGGUGAUGGAAGUCAUGAAUCUUAUGGUGAAGCAGCUAUGGCCAAUAAAGCUAAUGGAGACAUCGAUGAUGAAGGCACAACAUUGGACAGCAAUGGUCUAAGAAAGUACAUUGUCGAAAAGAAUCGUAUCAAUAAAAUUAUGAUCGAUGAAUUGGGUAAACUCAAUCAACAACAAGUCUCUGGAGAUGACUUAAACAACAACAAUUGCAAUCACAAUAACACCACUUACAAUAGGAGCAAUGAAAGUUGCUUGAAAGCUAAACUUAAUAUUAACGAUCUAGCUAAGAGCACGAGUACAAGCAUAAGCACAGAUAAGCAGGCCUUAAAUGUUUGAGCUGAGCUGAGCAAAAAAAAAAAAACACAGUGGUGCCAAACGAGGAAUACAAAAAUUACUUAAUUUUAUUUAACACUAUUGAUAGAUGUAAAUUAGUUGUGUUAAUUUCUUUUUACAUUUAUUUUAAUUAAUGUGUGUGUGCAUAAGACUUAUUCCAAAAAGUUAAUGUUUAAGGUUUUAUAAUAUGUAUAUUAUAUGUAGUAAGUUGUAAGUGAGUGUAUUUUUUAAGAAAAAAAAAAAAAAAACAAUUUAAAAAAAAUCCAAACAAAAAAUGAAAUGAAGGUUUGGAAAGAUGACUUGUAUAUGAGGAGUUCCUCUGUCAAGUCUCAUUAAAGCCUCUUUUAUAUAUAUGUAAGGACAUGGUGGCAUAUGGAAGCCUGGAGUUCUAUUAUAUAAAAUAAAAACGUGCUCGUUAGAUUGUAUAGAGGAGUUUUUUAAAAUAUUAUUAAUUAAAAAAAAUUGUAUUUUAUAUUGUUAAAACGAUAAAAAAAAACCUGUGUUGUGGAUUUAGUAGAUUAUAAGGAAAAUUUUUUAAAAAUGAAAUGUUAAAUGGUAUGUAUUGAAGAACCAAGGGAUACUCUAGUUUUUAUACACCAAAUAAAAAAAAAAAACGC